UUACUGACCCUAUAUAUCAUAAUAAAAGUACCUAUUUGUAUAUUGCACGCUCCAAAUUUGCGUUAGUGCCUUGAUUAACAGACCAUGAGUUUCAAUUCGUAGCUAUACAAGCCUCUAUUAAUUGCUUGUGCUCUAUAGCUUGCACUUGUGUGACUGAAUAGUGUAGACCUACAUGAAGACUCUACUGUGUGAGGUACUAGCUAUACGCUCUAAAUUAUAUGCAGAGACCAUUCUGCUUGCCGUUGUUGAUAUCUGAAAUGUCUGAGGUGGAGCUGAAGUCACGUGUGGUCCAACUGGAGACAGAGUUGGAACAGGAGAGAGCCAAGUCUAAACAGCUGCAGAAUGAAAAGGUCACAGAGCUCGAAGCCAUUCAAGAAGCAGCUAGGAGGCAUAUAGAAGAGUUGAAAAGAAGUUUUGAAGAUGAAAAACAGGAUCAGUCUGCCCGCGAGAAGAAGGGGAGGUCAAGCGUGACAGCAAAGUUCAAACAAGAGCUUCGACAACAGGUUGAGCAAGAGCUGAUUACAUCAUACACCAUUGAGCGUAAAAAGAUAACACAGGACUUCGACUCCCAAUUUAAGUCAGCAGCUGAGGAGAUUUCUCGUCUCAAAGCCACCCUCAAGAACAAGGACACUCUCUUGCAGGAGAAAGAGAAGGAACUUCGUACCAGUGUUGAGAGAACAGGACGCUCGGAAAGAAAGGCUAGCAAGCAACAUAUUGAUGAAGUGGAAAACCAUCGCCGCCAAAUGCAAUCUAAGGAAAAGGAACUGUCUCAACUUGCUGAGAAGCUCUCUCGUACAAUGGCUGACAAAGACAAACUUGUCGAAGAUAUGAAGCGACUGAAAGAGCCUGAUAUGUGGGGGCAUAGGUCGACCACACCUACCUCUCCCUCGCUCUCCCCAAGUGCUAGCGUUGAGGAGCUAUCCGCUGUGUCAAAGCAGGUGAGCAGACGAGAGAGAGACAUGGUGAUACGAAACAGUGAGCUCAGCUUUAGAGUACGCACUCUUGAGGGUUACGUGUCAGACUUUAGGGGAGAGAAUGCCGAUCUGAAACAAAAGCUGUCUGAGAGCCGCUCUCAGCUGACACCUCUCAAGGAGCAUAACAAUAGGCUCAAUGUUCGUAUCAACGAUCUAAACGUCUCCAUGCGUUCCAGAGAGAAGAAGGUUAUCUCUCUCUCCCAAGAGAUUGUGGAGCUGAAGUCGGCCAAGCAGCAGCUGGAGGAGGACUUAACAAGACAGCGCAAGUCUCUCCAACAGCAAUUGACAAGGUGUACUACGUUCAGAAAUGAGGUACAGAAACUAAAUGGCAAGAAUCAGUCACUUACAGACACUAACACACGGUUGCUACUGGCAGUGGACAGACUGGAAUCAGAUAAUAGUGGGCUAGAACAGCAAAUGCGGAGUUUCAUGCUCGCGUCCCCCACCCCCCUUUCCCCGCCCCCGUCCACUCUGGAUGAUGAUGAAACUUGCUCAGUGAGCUCUGGCUCCAGCUCAAUGCACAUCCUCGAGGACAGGAUCAGUCAAAUGGAGUUUGACAAGGAUGAGACUGAAAUACAGCUGGAAGAAUUCAGGGACAAAUACGAAGGGAUGAAACUUGAAUACUCCAGCCUGCGUAGCAAGUACAAGGCUCUCCGUACCACUUACGAAACUGCACAGCAAAAAAUGCGUGAACUUCAGGCCAGCUAUAGGGAGGAAUUAAGCAGAACUGAACGCUUUGAGAAAGAGCGCCUACAUUUAGAGGGUGAGCUUGACAUGCUCCGACGAGCAUCUCAAGACGAGAGUUUAUAUGAUCAAGACCGACAAGUGGUCACCAUGGAGUCUCUGCAAUUGAAGGUAGACGAGUUGCAGGCACAAGUUGAUGAGCUGGAAGAGUUUGUUUGUGAUCAGGAUAUUAUAUGGCUGAAGCAAGAAGAAGCUUGGGCUGCGGAAAAAGAGACUCACGUUUCAACGCUUGAGAAAUUGCAAGAAGCUCAUCGAAUUUUAACUGAAGAAAAAGAGAGACUUGCUGCAACACUCGAUCAUUUGCAAGAGGCUUUUGCAAAAGAAAAAGAUACACUGAUAUCAACAAUUGAGCAAUUAAAACAGGUUUCUCACAAGGACAACACUUCCGAAUUAGAAGAGAUGAACUCACAAUUAACUAAGCAGUUGAAUGAGGUUCUUCGAAAACAAGUAUCUAUGGAAGAUGAAAACAACCAACUUUCAGAAAUGUUGGCAGCUAGAACCAGGGAUUUAACCAAUCACGAAGACAACGAGACAAGAUUCAGUGAGGACUUGAUUACGGCGACUGAUAAAAUUACGUCACAAGAACAUAACAUUGCGCAACUGAGAGGAGAACUGGAAAAUGCAGGCAGAACAAAUCUUAAGCUAGAGAAAGACUUCGACAAAGUAAAAUAUGUGCUUCAAGAUAGAGAUACUGAAUACUCUAUCCUUGCAGAAAGGUUUGCUCAACUACAAGAGAAUGUGAUGAAAGCACCCAGCAGUAGUGAGCUUGUAUCAGUUUCUCCCAUUGAACCCAAAGUUGAAGGCAAUACAUACAUUGAAGAAAAACAAAAACCUUUCACUGCUUCUUACUCUCUUGAGACAGCUGAUGAGAGUACAUCGACUUCCUCUCUGCCACAGUUAGCAGAGCUGAGUCAGCAAUACAGGGAGCAGCUAAAGCAGAAAGAGGAGGAUAAUGAAGCCCUACAUGACUCUCUCUCCCUGGCCCGGACCAACAAAGCUCAGAUGAAGGCUCUCCUGGAGGACCUCCAGACCACACUACAUACUCAGAGCGAGGACUAUCUCUCUCACAUCGGUGACAAGGACCAGCAGAUCAGCGAGCUCACUGAGCAGCUAUCUCAAGCCUCGUCCAAGCUGACCAGACUGCGUAGAGCAGUGCCUGUGGGCAUCAACCACCAGAUGGCAUCUGAACUCGGCCACAAAGUCAAGGCCGCACUGAAGACGCUCUCAGCCAAGGCACGCUCUUCUCCUACUCGCAACUCCAAUGUUAUGCCUUACUUGCGAUCUCUUGAGGAAGCUACAAAUGAACUCCUUCACACACUGUUCCCUGGCACCUUUGACGCCGAGUUAACUCCUGUGAACUCCGAAACCACUCUGAUCUCUGAGUAUAGUACCACCUCAGAGCUAAGCUCGAUGUCCGAUCAAGACUUGGUUGAAAUGUCCACAACCACCCCCGUGGUACACACACCCACACAUCUCCCACACUCACAAUCAUCCCCCCUGUCCCAAGAGGAGGUAGACUACCCAUUGCCCCGAGGCAUUCCACAAACGUUCCCCAUCAAAUCAAGAGAGACUUCACCUAGUACUAGAACGCAAGCUUGGAGAGAAUCUUCCUUCCCAUUUCACCCUGUGGAAGAUUUGUUGAAUGGUGAGCCGAGCAUGAAGAAGAAAGAGGGAGCGUCGAAUGGUCUGCAAGAAGCUCGUGUGUUUGUGGCAGUGUUAGACUAUGAUCCCAAGUCGAUGUGCGUCACUGGGCAGCCUGGCGAUGAGCUCAGCUUCAAUACUGGCGCUGUUCUGGCAGUUAAUGGCAAUAUGGAUGGCGAGGGAUACUACACGGCAACAUUCGAGGGUAUUACAGGACGAGUGCCUGCUAACUUCAUUCAGGAGGUCGACGUCUCUGACCCCGCCAUGAAGAAUAGGCUCUUCAAUCAGACAUUAGGGUCGCCGUUACCAACUGACUCGUACAAGGUGCCUUCAAGACAUACCCUUUCGACCGCACUUACUGAGACGAGUCUUUUAGAGUCAUUUGCAAGCAGUCACCUUAAAACACCAGCUGGAGCUACAGGGUGUCCAAAUCCUCCUGCACACUUCAAAGUGGAUAAAGCUUUAGGAAACAGUGUUCUUUUGGUUACUUGGCAACCUCCCAAGAUGGACUCAUCGGAUGGUAACUAUAGCAAUGGUUGUUUUGUAACAGGCUAUCAACUAUACGUCAAUGGAGAGACAAAGAACUUGAUUAGUGGAGCAAUGCACACUAAGGCAACUUUUGUCGAACUCAACCUAUUGCAACCACUCACUCUGGGUAUAUCCACAUGUGCUGUCAACGGGAAGAGCUCAAAGGUCAUCACCAUUCACUAUCAACCCAGGCCACUGAGUGCUGUUACUUCUCCCAGCCCAGAGCCAGAGCAGUACAGAACGUUCAUAGCACUGUAUGACUACGACCCUGUGAAGAGCUCCCCGUGUGACCACCCCGAGUUUGAGCUGGCACUGUGUGAGGGAGACCUGCUCAUGGUCUAUGGACAAGAAAUGGAGGACGGCUUCAUGGUUGGAGAGUUAAAUGGCCAAAGAGGACUUGUGCCAGCUAGCUUUAUAAAUGAGGUCAAGAAACCGCACAUUAAGCAGUCUAGCCAGAUGGGGUCCAGCGUCACUGAAUCAGUGCGAUCACAGUCUGCUUCACCUUCCAUACCCAAACUACCAGGAACCACAACACUGAUGAUAGCCUCGUUCGACUAUGACCCAGAGAGGGAUUCCCCCAAUCCCAACUCUGAGAUGGAGCUAGGUUUCAAGAGAGGAGAUGAAAUCACUGUGUUUGGGAAAAUACAUGGUGAUGGCUACUAUAGUGGUCAGCUUGGGGACAAGUUCGGACUAGUCCCAUCAAACUUCCUCACUCGGAAACAACCUUCUCAUCCUUUGUCCGAAUCGUAUGAGUGCACAACCACAUCAAGACAACAAGAUGCAAUGUGCACCAUAGACAAAAAAGUCUCCGAAGAGGGAGUUCAAAAAUCGAAUGGAUUGAGUAGCUCUGAGCAGCCAGUUCAAACUCCCAAACAAAACGAAGUGAAGACAGAGGCAUCAAAAUCUCCAAAGACAAAAUCCUUACCAAAAGGAAAAUCAAGAAGGACAGGCUCUCCUUCCGAUCCCAAGAAGAAAAGAAGUUUCCGAUGGCAAAAAUCGUAGCAAGACAAUAUACCAGAACAACUUUUACACAUGCAGUUCCUCCUUUUCUAUAUUAUAGGGCCCUUAUUUUUACUGACUGACAUGCCAAUUUUUAAGUGCAGCUUUUGUGAUACAUUACAUACAUCUGUGUAGAUGAGUUUUGAACUGUAA